AUGUUUAAUUCUAAUGAAAAUGUACUCGAAGAAAGACUUCCAUAAAAUUACAUAGAUGUUAAACUAACAUUAUGGAGAAAGUCAUCAACAAUCCAAGACUUUAAAUAAUAUUCAUUUUUUAACACUAUUCACAUUUAUAAUGAUAGAUUAUUGAUAUGCUAUUCACAAAAGACAGAAUUACAUGGAGUCUAUAUAAAUAGAGAGAAAUUUACAAUAGAAGAACAUUUUGUAUUUUAGGGAGAGUAAUUUGACUAUCAAUUUGUACAUCCUUAAACUUAUUUUACAAAAAAUUGCAUAUGGUUCAUAUCUUACAAUAGAGCUACCUAAUAAUAAAUAUUUUAUGCUGAUUUACCAACUAAAACAAUAUUAUCUAUUAAAAGUGAAUAUAAACCACAAUUUAGAAUUAAUUUCUCAUUUACUUAAAUAGCAGAUUUAUCAUUUUAUAUAUUUGGAGGUUUAGAUGAAUAAAUGAGACUUUCAAAUUAAUUAGAUUUCUUUUAAGUUACUUAAUGUGAUUUUACACCAGUCAAUUUUAAAGGACAACCUCCAUCACCAAGACAUAGUCAUCUAGCUUUUGUUAAUAGCAAUAAAUUAAUCAUAGCAGGUGGUUCAUAAUCAACUAAUUUAUUUGAAAGAACAUGCUUAUAAGAUAUGUAUUCAUUAGAUUUAAAAACCUUUACAUGGAGUCAAGUCAAAACAAAUAUACCAAAAUCAAUUGCUUUUGGUCAAUAAGUUUCACUUAAUCAAAAUUAAUUAAUAUAUUUUGCAGAAGAGAAUGGAUAAACUACUCAUUAUCUUUUAUCAUUUACAGAUAAUUAAUGGUCAUGCAUGAGAUCUUAAAAGGAAGUGUAAUGAAUUUAUUUUAUUUCAUAGACCAUCAUAUAAAUAUAGAGCAUGUGCUUGUUUGGAUAUUAAAAAUAAUCAAAUUUUAUUAUUUGGUGGAUAUAAUUUUCAAAAGAAUUCUAUGAAUUGUAAUGUUAUUGAAAGAUUGUAAAUUAUUACCAAAGUAAUUUAUAUUAAUAUAUACUUUAGGAUUUCAAAGAAUAAACCUUACUAGAUUAUAAUGGAGACAUAAUUAACAUUAGUAAAUUUGAAAAAUAAUUAUAAUAAUAAUAACAAAAUCUGUUAUUUUAAGAAGACAAUAAAGACAAUGAUUAAUAAGAAGAACUGACUUUUGAAGAAUUAUUGGAAUAAGAGAAACAAUUGCAAUAACUCCAACUUGAUGAAAUUAAAUAGGAAACCAAAAAAUCUAAUAAGAAAAACAAUAAAAAGAAAAAUAAAUAUAAAUCUAAAAAUUGA